UUAUCAAGGGAGUGCUGGAGUUUGUCGCGUCGCGUCGCUCGCUUGUAGCGUAUCAUGUGAUAGGGGCUGGAAUUUGACACCUCGGGGGUUCAAAACUCUCAUGUGUUUAUGGGACUUGAUUUUGGCAGUGCUCCUGCGCUUAGAGCAGAGAGCGCGUCUCGAGGAGCUGAACGCGUCCGAUCGAGCGUUUACUGCGCAUCUGGCUCAGUCCAGACAACACCAGUGAGCUCUGGACACAAGUUUAUGUGAAAGACGUGGAUGUUCAGAAUUAUGCAUCUUCACUACAGGGAGAGGGCCAGAGGAAACAUUUUAAGGAAUACAUUUUCAUUAUCUGUGGAUUAUUUUCACUUGACUGUUUCUUAAUUUAUUUCACUCAAGUCCAUGACAGGAGAGGUCGAUCAGGACAGAAAGGAUGCAAAAGGGUGGAGGAGUCUGGAGACCUGCAUGGCUGCACCUGCCCGAUGUCACCUGAGGAACCGGAAGGUGAUGCUGCUUGUGUUUGUGUGUCUUCUGGGUCUCGUUGACGGACAUUUCCUUCAGGAGGAGAAAGAAGAAUCCCGUCCUAGCAAGCUGAGAGCCUCUUCAACCUCUCCAAAACAUCCAGAACCAAAGAAAGAUCUAGAUGAGAGGCAGAGCCGAGCGCCAUGGGCACGACUGCACGAGUCAUCCCUGGCCGAGGAAGGCGAGGGUCAUCGAAUCUGGUGGCUGCGCUCCUCUACAAACAACUCCAGUUCUCGGAAAUCUCUGAGAAACCGUAAGGAGCAGCGCAAUCGCAAGCGAGGUCGGAGCAGCCAGGACUGUCGUUUGGAGAGGAAGGAGAUGAGGGUUCGUGAUCUGGGCCUCGGCUAUGACUCGGAUGAGAUCGUUCUGUUCAAGUACUGCGCUGGGACGUGCAUGAGCGCCCGUAAGAACUACGACCUGGCCCUGAAGGUGCUGACGGAUAACGGCAGCGUUUCAAGCCGCAAGCUGAGCCUUCACCCCUGCUGCAGACCCACACGCUUCGAGACCGUCUCUUUCAUGGACGCCCAGACGAGCUGGCAGACCAUCAAAUGGCUUUCAGCGGCAAACUGCAGCUGUGUGGGAUGAGAGAAGCCCAGGAGACACAGCCGGUAAAAUCAGUCCAAAGCUCCGGUGUAGAAAGCGAGGAAAUUCCAGUGCAAGGAAUCGGAUGCAGUGCUCCUGAUGAUGCACUGCAAACGCAGCGGAUCUGCUGCCGUCGGCACAGGAGCAACAGGGAUACAGGACGUCCUGCAGGGAGAUGGUCAGAAAGCAUUGGGGUUUGCAUUAUGUGACCUCAGAGAGCUAAAAACUGUACCUGUGAAGCAGGUCAUCAGGUUCCUGCUCCAGACUGCAUGGAUAGUUCGUGAAAAGUAACUUGAAGGCCUACAUUUCGCAUGAUCUGCCUCUAGGAGUUAUGAGAUGUUUUAAGAACUUGGGUAUCAUGAAGGUUCAUUUUAAUUCACUUGUGGGCUUAGCAUGUGUGUUUAAUAUACACACACUUUCCUCAAGCCAUGUGCACAUUACAAGACCGAAGUGCGUCAUCUUUUUAUGUUUGUGAGUAGUCCAGGUUUUUUUCAGACACAGGCCAAACAUUUGUUCAUGCAGCAGAUCUCCGUUUUGACGGCCGGAUCUGAACGCUUAGUAGUGGAUUUCUGCGUUUGGCAAUAUAAUAAUGAUCUCGUGCUCGAUUACACUGCUUGUCUGGAUGUAUGCCCAGCUAUAACACUCUCUUCCAUCAUCUGAUCAUCAUUAGAUGAAUCACUGCUGCCAUGAUCGCUAAAAAAUGUACACAAACUAAACUC